AUGCAUUACGCCUAUCCUGCUCGCAAGAGCUCCAACCCGCCUCCCUUCCGACCCAGAUCUACGAGACUGCCCAGCUUGCGGAGGAGUCGGCUCAGGACCGUUGGCAUUGUUGCGUUUGCGAUAUUUGCGCUGCUGUGGCUGUUUUCAAAUCCAAGCGUGCCUCGCCCCGACCGCGAGCGUGUGCCGUCAGGCCAGCCGCCUGUUGUGAUAGUGACAGUCAUUGACCCGACUUCAUACAAUAACGCCUAUCUCAAAACAAUUAGAGAGAACCGAGAGCAGUAUGCGGCCAAGCAUGGAUACGAGGCAUUUAUCGUCAAGGCCUACGACUACGAUACCCAAGGAGCGCCACAGAGCUGGUCGAAGCUCAUGGCCAUACGACACGCAUUGACCAAAUUCCCCGAGGCCAAGUUCGUCUGGUAUCUUGACCAGGACGCUUACAUUAUGGAUGUGAACAAGUCAUUGGAGGAACAGAUUCUGGGCCAGAGGAGGCUUGAGAGCCUGAUGAUCAAGAACUACCCCGUUGUUCCUCCGGACAGCAUCAUUAGAACGUUUUCGCACUUGAGAGCUGAUAAUAUCGAUUUCAUUGUCAGCCAGGACAUUUCGGGGCUGGUGGCUGGCAGCAUCAUUGUGAGAAACAGCGAAUGGAGCAAGUUCUUCAUCGAGACUUGGAUGGACCCUCUGUACCGAAGCUACAACUUCCAAAAGGCAGAGAGACACGCUCUGGAACACAUUGUUCAAUGGCACCCCACCAUUCUCUCGAAGCUGGCUCUCGUGCCGCAGCGCACACUCGGCCCAUACACGCGCACCGACCAAGGCGACUCAUACCAAGACGGCGACUUUGUGGUCUAUUUCUGGGGCUGCGCCAAGUCAGGCGAGGGAAGCUGCGAAACCGUGUCGUCAAGUUACUACAAGAAAUGGACCGCGGCUUUUGGCAACUAG